AGCGCCAUUACCCACACGCGUGUCGCGCUCCCGCUCCCGCAGAACAAAAAACCGUUUUUCUAAAUUAAAUCGCGUGUGCCACUCCAUAUCUCAACUGUGUACCAAUUGGACUUCUGUGAUUUAUUUACUGUUACACUGUGCUUGUUUUUGUAUGGCUGCACGUCGAUACUUCACACGCAUUUGACGGCACGAAAAAUUUUCAGCUGAACUGUCUCUACAACUGGUUGAAUCAUCAAGAAAUGUCGUUCCUCACUGAGUCCGAGCAGUACUUUCCCCCCGAGAAGACCCACUGAAUCUGCCAUGACCUCCGAAGAGCCUCUUGAUGCCGUCACCAAAAAAGAUCAGAAGAAGACUGACGACUGCGCGAAAUUCGCAGAAGAAAUCCCAGUCAACAAACGAGUCGAGAACGUUGAGGAUUCACGCCAGAAAAGGUCCCAUGAUCUUAUGAGAUUAGUUUACGAACUGCCAGAAGAAAUAAACAAACCAGAGCUUAUUGAAAACAACAAUAUGUUGAAGGAAAAUCCGCCAAUCACCAUCGUUGAGAUCACAGAAACUAAUGGGUGUGACGCUGAAGAGACGAGUGACGAUGUAUACUUAAAAGUGAUAGAUGGAAGUCCCGAGGACUUAGGAAAUAAGGUUGUGUUCGAUGUGCUAGCUACCAAUGAGUUAAUAAUGCAAUGUACUGACGAGUUUAAAGAAGUUAUAGAAAGGUCAUCACCUGAUGAGGAUGAUGACGAAGAACUAAACGAGUUAAAGAAGAUAUUAGAGAGUAAGCCGCGUGUUUUGGAGAGGUAUUUAAGGGAAUGUGCGUCUUCGGACGAAGUGAAUAGGAUUCAUAGUAUUACGGCAUCGGGGCCGCUGUCGCCUCGGCCACACCACGAGGCGAGGAGUACGUCCGUGACGUCAGACCUGUUCCAACUAUGGCUGGCAUCGUCUCCAGUUAAGCGGUCCCGGUCGCCCAGUGGAUCAGCGCAAAGGCAGCUGGAUGAAGCGGACCUGUUCAUGGACCUCAUCAAAGAUGUGGCCAAUGAGUUGGACAUCGAUGUGCUGUGCCAUAAGAUCCUCGUGAACGUGUGUUUGCUCACAUCGGCCGACAGAGGGAGCCUGUUUCUAGCCAAAGGCACACCCCCACACCGGUAUCUCCAGGCCAAACUGUUCGACGUUACAAGGGACACUGAAUUAAAAGAAGCCUUGCAGACGGCCAGGACCCAGGAGAUCAGGAUACCGUUCGGUGUAGGAGUUGCUGGACUGGCUGCUCAGACCAAACACCCCAUCAACAUCAAGAACGCUUAUGCUGAUCCCAGAUUCAACAGCGAAAUCGAUGCGCGCACAGGCUACAAGACGGAGCUGAUACUGUGCAUGCCCAUCUGCAAUUAUGAGGGUGAAGUGGUGGGCGUGGCGCAGAUUAUCAACAAGACUGAUGGCUCAAAAGAGUUCUCCCCGCGCGAUGUCGAAGUCUUCCGCCGGUACCUCACCUUCUGCGGGAUUGGGAUCCAAAACGCGCAGCUAUUCGAGUCCUCAAUCCUGGAAUAUAAGAGGAACCAAAUCCUCUUGGCUCUGGCGAGGAGUAUAUUCGAGGAGCAGAGCAACCUGGAGUGUUUGGUGACCAAAAUCAUGACGGAGGCACGGGAGUUGCUGAAGUGCGAUCGGUGUGCGGUGUUCAUAUUGGACACGGAUCAUUGUGAAUCGAGUCACUUGGAGAGGAUAGUCCAAAGGCCGGGUGGUAGACCUUCCACGACCCUAGCGCUGCCGCCACCAGCCCCCACCCGAUUCCACACGCUAUUCGAACUAGGAGCUCAGCAGUCCAGAACUACCCUCACUCCUCGGCAUGACUACCGGUCGACACUAGCAUCUAUAGCAUUGAAGGUGGCCCAGUCCAACAAGUCACUGAACAUAACCGACCUAGCUGACUGGAGGAAGGAAAACAAAAUGACGGCGUCCGACCCGGCGGCGGACGACGCUGCCGAAGUCAGGACGAUGCUGUGCAUGCCGAUCGUCAAUGCCAAUAAGGACGUGAUUGGCGUGGCGCAGCUUAUCAAUAAGGAAAAUGGCUCCCAAUUCUCAGACGGUGACAUCUCGAUAUUCGAGGCGUUCGCCAUCUUCUGCGGUCUCGGCAUCCACAACACGCAGAUGUAUGAAAACGCUUGCAAAUUGAUGGCCAAACAAAAGGUGGCGCUGGAAUGCUUGUCGUACCACGCGACGGCAUCCACCGAAGACACCACUAAGCUCUGCCAAGAUAUCAUACCCUCAGCAGAGAUAUACAAUCUUUACAGCUUCCAGUUCCAUGACUUCGACCUUUCUGAUGAAGAUACAUGCAGAGCAACGCUGCGAAUGUUCCUACAGUGCAACUUGGUUGAGAAAUUCCACAUACCUUACGAUGUCCUAUGCAGAUGGAUCCUAAGCGUCAAGAAGAACUACAGGCCAGUCAAAUACCACAAUUGGAGGCACGCUCUCAACGUCGCACAGACCAUGUUUGCGAUGCUGAAAACAGGCAAAAUGGAAAGGUUCAUGUCAGAUCUAGAAAUCCUGGGACUACUAGUCGCUUGUCUAUGCCACGAUCUGGAUCAUAGAGGAACGAAUAACGCGUUCCAGACAAAAACUGAGAGUCCGCUGGCGAUUUUGUAUACGACGUCCACGAUGGAACAUCAUCAUUUCGAUCAGUGCGUCAUGAUUUUGAACAGCGAAAGCAAUAAUAUUUUCCAGGCCUUAUCUCCCGACGACUACAAAGACGUGAUGAGGGUAGUUGAGACAGCGAUCCUGUCGACCGACCUCGCGAUGUACUUCAAGAAGAAAUCCAAGUUCCUAGAGCUGGUCGACAACGGGGAAUUUGACUGGCAAAGUCAGGAGAAGAAAGAGUUGCUCUGCGGUAUGAUGAUGACAGCGUGCGACGUGUCUGCCAUCGCCAAGCCUUGGGAAGUGCAGCACAAGGUGGCCAAGCUGGUGGCUGAUGAGUUCUUUGACCAGGGCGAUUUGGAGAAGCUUCAACUCAACCAGCAGCCCAUCGCUAUGAUGGACAGAGAGAAGAAAGACGAGCUCCCCCAAAUGCAAGUGGGCUUCAUAGACAUGAUAUGCCUGCCUCUCUACAAAGUGUUAUCAGACACGUUCCCAUGGAUUCAGCCGCUGUACACCGGCACCAUGGACAAUAGGCAGCGCUGGCAAGACCUGGCUGAGAAGGUGGAGAUGGGGCUGACGUGGAUCGACCAUGAUACUAUUGAUAAACCUAUAGAGGAGUUUACUGCAUCAAACGAACCCAUCAAAGACGUGGAGUUAACAGUGACUACCCUCAAUUGCGCCAAGACGGCGGCUGAGAGCAGCAUGGCGCUGGUGAAGCCAAUAAAGACUCCCUUCCAUUCCUUGAGGAGGGGCAAAAGCGGGAAUUUCACCUCCAGACCGGCUCGGAGUAAGCUUACCAGAUCCCUCUACGUGGUACCAAGCAGUCAGCGCGAAGGCGAGAGAGAGAGGCCGAUAGUGAAGAAACCGCCGAGUGCGGAGCCCAACCACACGAGCGGCGAAACCGAGACCAAAACGAAGCAUAAGGGCCGCCUCUGUCAUAUGUUGUGACGACUAAGUUUCAACUGGAGUAGCCAGAGCAGUACGGAAAAAGCCGACAAAGUGGACAGAGUAAAGCCGUCCAUAUCGAUCGACUAGUCCGCUCGGACGCUCCUUCACGUCUGUUAAACAUUUAGAUACUUGUACAUUUCGACUAUUAGACACUUUUAUAUUAGCUAGAACAACGUGGGAUACCUUUCGUUUCACUUGAACAAAAUUAUUAAAAAUACAUUGAAUAAUGCCAUCCAAAUUGUGAGGUAGAUAGAUAUAACUGUGCCGAUUGCGACUGAAAUCCAGGCACGUGAUUGGCUGUUCCACGGAAGGACGGUGUCAUGCCAAAGGUAUGAAACUUAAAUAAUAAUCUUGUUCAUUAAAACGAAUUUUCGAGAUGACACUAAAAUGUAAUUGUAGUAUUUUAAUCUCUACGUCGUCGUUCGACGGUAUGGUUUCCUGUAAAAUCUAGGUAAAUGUUUAUUCUAAUUAAUGUAUUAUUUACAUAGACUGUGAUCUAGUAUUACUUCACGAGAUUCUAUUUUAAAACUACUAAUUAGGACAGCCAUAGACUCUGCUUGCUAUUAAAUAAAAAGUUUUAACGAUUCAAUAGAUGAAAAAAAAAAUCUUAAAAAUAAACAAAAAUCUUCGUCUAUGGUCAACUAUUUUACUUUUAAAAUAGAAUAUUCGUCUCUUGGCCUGUGAAAUAAAGUUUAUGGAAUAAAACCGUAAGUAAUAAGUAUGAAUUAAGAGAUUUUUAAUAAGUUUACAUAAUAUCCUCGAUCAAUUAAAUUGUUGAUAAUUUAUUUCAAGUUUUACUUUGUUAAAGCAGAAAGUAUUAAUAUGAUGCUAGUCGUUUAGUUUCAAAUAAUUCAAAUUAUGACACAAUUAUUAAUAAUUAUUAUUUACAUUAUAUUUUUUCUGAGGCGCGUUGAACUAAUACGUCCAUACUGCUUAUGAAGCUAUUAGAAGUGCAACAUUUAGUUACAAUAAUUUUAGUUAUGCUUAUUUAUAAAAAAAAAGGUUGCGAAGGUUAUAAAAGAAAAAUUAUUUAUAUUUUAAUAAAUAUUAAGUAGGCUCCUUCUGUUUUAUGAUAAGAUUUCGUAAGAAGUGUAGGUAUUAUUUUAAAUAUUGAUUUAUUUUUGCAAAAAUAAAAGAGGAUUUGUAGUUGAUUAGUGAAUUUUGUUGAAUACGAUGAUUACUUACUAAAGAAGUAGUUUAGAAAAGUUUAAAGAUUGACGAGUUUAAAACAUUUCGUGAUUAAAUCUUCGCUAAGUUAAAUAAAAAGCAAUCAUUUUAAUAAAAUAAAGUUAAUUAAAAAUUGUAAUUCUUAACAAGUUCUUAAACCAAAACUAAACGCAUUUUACAGUAAUUUUACAUUUUAAAUUCUAUUUUGAAAGCCUUUUUAAUAAUUACAUGUUUUAAAAUGUGCAAUUUUUGCUGUUGUUAUAGAUUUUAACUUGUAUGUUAGAAAAAUGAUUAGGUUUUUUCAAUUCUAACUUAGCUGGUACUAGUCAUCGUUCUAACAUAUUGAGUUUUCAUAGAUUUCAGAUGUUGUGAAAUAGACUAUAAUAAACUUUGAAUAGGGACUAUUGUGACUGUAUUUAACUUUAUGUAUUCAAUUCUACAGAUUUCCAUCUCGUUUUCUUAUAAACUGUGUUUAAAAUUAUGUUUUCCUCGAUUUUUUUUUACUUCUGGGUAUGAAUUUUUUAUUUUUAGUUAGACGAUCAAAAUGUUUUCCUAAAAAAUGAGAGAUCAUGUAGGUAGUUUUACGAGCCCAAUAAAAAAAAACUAAAAAUAACAAAAAACAAAAAUCAAGUUUUAUUGAUCAUUUGAAAAUCAGAAAUAAUAACCCAGAAAAAAGAAGACGAACUCUCAAUGCUUUAUGCCCAGAAGUAAAAAUAAAAAAAACAUUGUAUCACAACCCAAAGAUAUCCGUUACGCUUAGUUAUAAACUAGAGUAAACCAAAAACAAGACAAUGAUAUUUUGUUAAGUUUUAAGAUAUUUUUUAACAAAGUUGUUGUUGUGUUUAACUGUGAAGAAUUCUAUUUUAUUAUCUGUCAACUCAUAGCUAAUGAGGAUUUAGACUGGUUUUCUGAGUGGGUUUCAUGAUGUAAAAUAUUAUUUUACAGAACAUAAAUUCUGAUAAACUCAUUGCACUCCUUUACGUCGUCGUGAAGUCAUGUAAAAAAAUAUACUACCUACCCGUAACUACAAUAAUAUUACUAUGUUAACGCAACACUUCAUCUCUUAGAUAGAAAAAUGAAACAUUGCUACCAUUCAUUUUCUGUCUCUACCUGUCAAUAUGACGAUUUCGUUGGAUGAAAAGAGAUCAACGUAUUCUAGUUAUUGGAAUUUUGUAUACCUACUGUACCUACUUUUUUGUGCUUUUUACUGAAAUUACUAAAAUCAUCAUGAAACCGUCAGAAAACUCAGUCGAUCACCAGUAAAUCUGUAAAAAUUACUCCUGGAUGUUUUUCGACGAAUUAAAUAUUGUGAAGAACAA